GGAGGAGGAAGGCAGAUGGAGAUAUAAUUAUGAGUACUGGACAUGCAAUUAAAUACAAAUACAGUGCAUCAUGAGUUGUACCCUGAAAAUACGCCUUCACAGGCCACACCCCCUUUCAACUAAUUGGUAUGACAGCCAUACGCACAUGAUUAUCAUCAUUAGGCGAGUAGCUACCACACGCUUACAUUAUUUCCAUUUUCUUUUCCUUUUUCCAAUUAAGUAUUUUCGUCUCCCAAACGAAACCCCAUCUUUGACCCGACCCAUCUUUUUGACCCGUUCUUAGUCCGGCAUAGCCGUCUUUCUAAGCCUUCAAACGUCAUCCUCCUCGUCUUUAUAACCCUUCUUUUAUAGUUCAUGUGGGUUUAAUUUCAUUAUCAUACAUCAUCAUGUUUCUCAUACUUUUGCUAGCUGUGGUCGUUGGUUUCUUGUUGGUUCCUCGAAUAUUAUCGAGGACCUCCAUCGGACACUUCCUGCAAAAUCGAUGGCGGUUUUUGGAGGAGUGUUUUCAUGCGCACCAGUUCUACAAGAUUCCUAAAUUCAAUCAAUAUAUGCAGGAGAAUCAACUUCAUCACAAAGUGUUACUCUAUCUUAAUUCCUUACCUUCCGCCGGUGAUUCCGAUUUCGUCAAUCUGUUUUCCGGGAAUAACAAGGCAAACGAGAUUACCCUCGUUAUUAACGCCGACCAGGUCUUCCCCGAUUCGUUUCUCGGAUCCCGAGUCUAUUGGAAGAUCGAAAAAGAUUGUUUCGUGUUGAAGAUACGAAGGAAGGAGAAACGGAGGAUUUUAAGUACGUAUCUUCAACACAUUCAUAAAGUCGCGGAUGAGAUCGAGCAGAAGAGUAACGAAGUCAGACUGUACAUCAACGCCGAAAACGAACCGGAGAAGAACGGGAGAUGGAAAUCGAUUCCCUUUACACAUCCGGCGACGAUCGACACAGGAAUGAUCGAUUCCGAGUUUAAAAACAAGGUGAAGUCUGAUUUGGAAUUGUUUUUGAAAUCGAAACAAUAUUAUCACCGUCUCGGCCGUGUCUGGAAACGAAGUUAUCUACUCUACGGCCCAUCGGGAACCGGAAAAUCAAGCUUUAUCGCCGGAAUGGCGAAGUUUAUGUGUUAUGACGUGUACGACGUGGAUAUGUCGAAGAUCACCGGCGAUUCGGAUCUGAAACUGCUAUUGUUACAGACGACAAGCAAGUCUAUGAUUGUGGUAGAGGAUUUGGACCGGUAUCUGGUGGAGAAAUCAACGGCUGUGAGUUUAUCUGGAAUUUUAAAUUUCAUGGAUGGGAUCAUCUCAUGUUGUGGUGAAGAGCGCGUAAUGGUUUUCACGGUCAGCAGUAAAGAUCAGAUCGAUCCAACGGUUCUAAGGCCUGGGAGAAUAGACGUUCACAUACACUUCCCCUUAUGUGAUUUCUCUUCAUUCAAAAAUCUUGCCAAUAGUCAUUUGGGGAUUAAAGAACACAAGCUUUUCCCACAAGUUGAGGAAAUUUUCCAAACCGGGGCGAGCUUGAGCCCGGCUGAGAUCGGUGAGAUCAUGAUAUCGAACCGGGGGUCACCCACAAGAGCUCUUAAAACGGUUAUCAAUGCUUUACAAACAAACAAUGAUAGCAGAUUAAGUGGGAAAUUCAGACUAUCUCAUAAAUUAAGUCAAAACGGUUCAGUUACCGGGUCAGCCGGGGCUCAACGAAAUUUGAGCCAUAGCGGUUCUAUUGAUGGGUUAGUUGAUAUGUCUUCAAGAUUGGUGGCCACCGGUUCAACAAGAACCGUUGACGAGUCGAGCGAAACCGGUAUAUUUUGUAUGGAAAAUGGUCAUACAGGAAAGGAACUUAAAAAAUUAUAUGGAUUAUUGAAAAGUAGGAGUCGUCGAAAAGAAUCGGUGGAUUUAGAUGGAGGAGGAAAAUUGUAGGCAUGAAAUCAUGCUGAAGAUAUUUUGUUGUACAAAUUAUAUUUUUUCUAUUACAAAAGUUUGUUUUAUUGUUUGUGUUAGCUUAAAAAUGUAAUAUUUUGGGAUAUUUAUAUGGGUUAGAUUGAAAGGAAAACUACUUCAGCUUU